AUGGGAGGCCGCACGGAAACUAACCGCGAUGUCGAGAAAGGCGGGGAGUCGCAAGAUAAGCCGCCCAAGCCUGGCUACUUCAAAGUCCUGCGCAUGAAGUUUGAGAAGAAGUGGGGGAAGAUGCGUAGCUAUGCAAAACCAUGGGAUACGUCGAGAACCAUCGACACCCAAUUUUUCGACGACGACGGCAAACCGAUGAAUCCCCUCGGUUAUCACACCAACGGACUCAUUGGAACCAUCCGACUGUUUCAAUUGACAGCGGGCCUCGUCGUUCUCAUAGCCUCCUCGGCAAUCAGCAACCCAAUCAGCAAACCAUUCGGCAUUUGGGGAGUCGUCUUAGGUAUUCUAUCAGGGAUAUAUGCUGCGGGAAAGCUCCUAUAUCGACACGUCUGGAAAUGGUACUUCAUGGCCCUGGAGAUCGUCUGGUUCGUCAACUACGUCGUGUGUUUUUUCCUCAGCCAGACGGCACCAGUGUCCAAUCCGACGCUCCUUGUCGGAGCUUGCGGCAUCAGCAUCGUGCUCUGGGCCUUGACUAUGUUCCUCGAUGCGGUCUGGCCCUUCAUCGCGUUCCUGCGGAUAUGUGGCCACAAGCGCCCAUGGGAAACCAAACCGGUUCAUGGACCAAAGAUUACCGAUGACCACAGAGAUUAUGACGGAAUGGAGACUGGUAUUAUCGAUACGCCCAAGGUCUCCCAUGGUGCGGGCAAUCGAGGUCGGAAUUCUCAGCGAAGCCAAAGCCAAAGCCACAGCCGACGCAAUACAAUGUCACUGCCGCCUGAAUAUAGCGAGCCGCAGAAAAAACACGAUCUUACAGUACCAGGCCUCAAUCUAAGAAUUCCAGGCCUCAAUCUAAGCGCGAACGCCCCCGGGACAAGUAAAACAUUCAACGGGUAUACUGCAAGCUCGGGAGCUAUUAUGGCGGCGUGGUUGGUCGAGCAAUGCGUGACGAAAGAGCGCGAGUGCGUCUACAAGCCCAGCAGGCGCGGCGGUCCUCGUAUCCGAAAGAAGUCUCGCCCGCUCUCAGAUUAUCAAGACCUAGCAACCUCGCUCCCCGAAAAAGCGGAAGAACUGUCACAGGAUGGCCAAGCAUUACCUGUCGAGAACUACAUAGAACCCGGUGCCGGUCUCAAACCGCUGGUUGAUGUCUGGAGGGACAGCGACGCCAUCUACGACCAUCUCUUCCAGGACCCGUUAGUGGACGCAGCCCUCAAUUUUCAGACACCCAUGGCCAGAACUUACGGGAAUGAUGAUCGCGCAAUCUUGAAUGCCUACUACAUCUGGAUACACCCGUACUUUCCGAUUCUCCCAGCGCCAGAGUACACCCCGGCCGCCGAUCAACCUAUGUCUAUUCUGGAGAACGAGAGGGAUGGAUUUGAGGAGCCAUCAUCACCUAUCAGCCUCGCGCUCUCUGCCAUCUUAGCACUCAUCCCGUCUCCCCAAGACCCGAGUCCACUCAGCGACGAAUCCGUGCGGUGGCGUCGUACCUACUCACAGUUCCUUGCGAAGUCGUCUUUGGAAAGUAUCGAAAGUGAGAGCGAGCGACCAGAGUCCUCCGUCGAGCCCCCUAAAGCCCUGGAUGACUCCGAUGAGGAGGUCUUUCGAGAGCAAUUCCACCCGCAAGUUCCAUUAGAACUCGAAAGCAUCAUCGCGCUUGACCUACUAAGCGUGUACGAAUAUGCCCAGCGUGGUAACUUGAAGAAGAUGAAGGCAAGGGCUGGAUCGGCGCUCGUCUCUGCCAUGUCCUUGUUUAUACACACGCGGAAUGAUGUCGAAGAUGGGUAUUCGGAAGCGCGGCGCCGCGUAUGGUGGAUGACGUAUAUAUGUGUCUGUCAGGGCUCUAUCGUUAGUAACACGCCACCGACUUUCGAGGUUUUUGCGUCUAGUUUCACAGCCAAGUACCCAAACAUUCAGGCCGACUCAGAGGCUUGGCCCCUAUUUGUUCAGGCUCAGCAAGCCAUCUUGGCCGCCACCCAGUUCGUUAUCGAGUUCAACAGGGCAAGGAAGGGACAGAUCGAUAUGGGCCGUAUCUUCAACCGAAUGAGAGAGCUUGAGCGCCUCCUCGAACCCCUGAUUACCAAGUCCGAGUCCUAUACCUCGAGCUGCUCAUUGACGCAGCCAAUGGACAAAAGUGAAGCGACGCUGGCCCAUUCUCUGAGGUGUAUGUCGCGGAUCAAGCUGAACAGCGCCCGGAUAAAGGUCCAUCGAUACUGUGCUUUCUUCGACCUCGCUGUCUUCUCAGGCAAACACUGCGACCUUACCAGCACAUCAGAAAGGAAGGCGGACAGCCCAGAGCCACGUCAGCUGCAGUCGUGUUGCACGACCACCCUCGAUGGUGCUCUGUCGGUGUCCAGCUUAUCUGCCGAAUCGAGUUCUCCCCGACUGUCGCAUAGCCCGCCACCUCACACCAACGGUCACAUGAACGACCACACGAACGGUCACGCGAACGGUCACACGAAUGGCAACUCUGGGUUCCGGCAACAAUCUGCCCUAGCGUUCCCAUUCACUACGCAUCACUCAUCCAAGAUCUGCCUCAGAUCCGCCUUCAAUAUUGCGGAAGCAUUCGAUUUUCUUCCAUACCCAAACCCGACUGGCCAACUGUCAGACACGCCGUUGUACCUAGGGCCUGGCUCAACACUGAUCACACCGAGGACGAUGCCGGCGUUCGCCUGCUGUGCCAUGCAAUGCAGUUAUGCGCUGCUGAUGGUAAAGGAUAGGACUGAAUCUGCGUACCCGUUCACAUUUGGCGAGACGGGGCCGCUUGUCGAUAACCUCCGCGACCGUCUUCAGCAGGGCCUGCUUUCGGUGUUGGUUACACUCGAUAACUAUGCCACGGCUUUUGAGGCUCUGGGUGGGAUGAGAGAUCAAAUACGCGACAAGGUUGACCUGUCGUUAGGGUUCGUCGCUGGAGCAUGA